AUGCUGUACACACACGCGACAAUAAUCACUGUCAGCUCGUCGCGUGAGAUCCUACUGGACGGUGCGAUCCUUGUCCAAGGAUCCAGCAUUGUCGCCAUCGAGAAGACUGGCAUGCUGCUCGCCCAAUACCCCAAUGAGCCAACCACAGAUCUCACAGAUCGCAUUGUCAUACCAGGGCUAGUGAACGCGCAUAUGCAUUGCGCGCAGACUCUUCUUCGCGGCACGGGAGACGAUCUUGAGCUGGUGCAUUGGCUGUGUGAGCGGAUAUGGCCUCUUCAAGGUAACUUCACACCUGAAGAUGGCGAGGCGGCGGCGAGAGGGUGUGUGGUCGAAAUGCUGCGCGGGGGUACGACAUGUUUCUUGGAGAGCAUGUUCGCAGAUAGGUAUGGGUUCGAUGGGCUUUGCCGGGCGGUCGAGCAGAGCGGCAUCAGAGGAUGCCUCGGGAAGAUCGUUAUGGAUAUGCCUACGUACGCACAAGAUCCGAAGUGGGCUAUGCACCCAGGGUUAGUCGAGACGCGCGACGCCUCUCUAGGUGGAGCCAUUGAUAUGUGGGAGAAGUGGGAUGGUAAGGCAGAUGGACGUAUCCGCGUGUGGUUUGGUGCGAGAACACCAGGCGGGGUUUCCGAUGAGCUUUACAAAGAGAUGACGGCGCUAUCGCGUACAAAGGGCAUACCAAUCACGAUGCACUGCGCUGAGGUCCUCGCGGACCGUGACUUCUUCGCAUCGCGAGGAGACACGCCCUCUUCGUAUUGUGACUCCGUAGGCCUUCUCGGGCCUCGUACCGUGCUCGUACACAUGGUGCACCUCGAUGACGAUGAUAUCGCCGCAGUUGCAGCGUCAGGUACGCAUGUCGUGCACUGCCCGACGUCAAAUGCAAAACUCGCGUCGGGAAUUUGUCGCCUCCCUGAGCUGUUACGCUCUGGCGCGAAUGUCGCGCUCGGUACGGACGGCGCUCCAUGCAACAACACGAACGACCUCUUACAGGAGCUCAAGCUCGCGGGUAUCAUUCACAAGGCGCGCACGCUGGACCCGACGGUCAUCUCCGCGGAGACGGUGCUCGAGAUGGCGACGAUCAACGGGGCGCGGGCGCUCGGUCUGGACGACCGGAUUGGUAGUCUUGAGGUAGGGAAGAAGGCGGAUUUCGUGGCUAUAGAUACGAGGAAGGUCAGUAUGCAGCCGUGGUUCAACCCGGUGAGCGCGGUGGUGUACGUAGCAACGGGGAAAGAUGUGGAACUUGUGGUUGUGGAUGGGAAGGAGGUUGUCAGAGGAGGGAAGGUGCUUACAAUGGACGAAGAAGCUGUCUGGCGGGAGCUACGGGUCAGAGCGGCCGAGGUUGUACAGAGAGCCGGAUUGAAGGACAAAAUCAAGAGCAGGUGGCACGUACGAUGA